AUGCAACUAACAUAUUAUAUCUGCAAUGUUCAUUCAUUUUCUCUGAUAUUUUCAUUCCUUUCAUGUGAUUUCCUUGUCUCUCACUCAUUUUCCUCUAUUUCUUACCAUUUCUUAUGUUCUUCCUCCUUUCAGUUUCUCCCUUCUUCUUGUUCAACCCUUUUCUUUUUCUUCUCUUACCUCCUCCUAUUCCUCUGUCCUCAUGCUCUCCCCUCUGUCUUUCUGUCUAUGUUUGCCAUACUGACAGCCUGCCACAUACUCAUCUGUCCAAGUCAACACCUGUUCUUUGGCUUCAUUCUCCUUAGAUCUAUCCACACGCCUAUAAGUAAACAAGUGCUUCUCUUCAAAAUUCCAGCCUCUAUAAAUCCACGGUCCACAACAAUAGCUGGAAUGUCCCAACCACAAGUGCAACCACUACACCCAAAAUCCUGUCCACAUCAUCAUAUACAAGUUACACAAGCAUGA